GCUGGAGCCUGGCCCCGCGGGCGGUCCUGGGCGCAGUGUCGCCGACGGCUCCGGCGCCCCGAUCCCCAGCGCUCAGGCGGGGAAGCUCCCUCAGCUCGCCCUCUUCCCACCUCCCGACUCGGUUGUGCCCGCGCGCAGUGGCUCAGAUGGCCAGUAACCCAUGUGCCAGGUAGCAUUCUAUGCCAACCUUGAAUGCCAACAGGAAGUCACUGGACAGAAAACUCUUCCAAGAUUAUAACUUGGCUGGUAGAAUAACCUGGAAAAGAAGAAAAAAGAAAAACCAUGGCAAAAGUAAAUAGAGCUCGGUCUACCUCCCCUCCAGAUGGCGGCUGGGGCUGGAUGAUCGUGGCUGGCUGUUUCCUGGUUACCAUCUGCACCCGGGCAGUCACCAGAUGUAUCUCAAUUUUUUUUGUGGAGUUCCAGACAUACUUCGCUCAGGAUUAUGCACAAACAGCAUGGAUCCAUUCCAUUGUAGACUGUGUGACCAUGCUAUGUGCUCCACUUGGGAGUGUUGUCAGUAACCGUUUAUCCUGUCAAGUGGGAAUCAUGCUGGGUGGCUUGCUCGCAUCUACUGGUCUCAUCCUGGGCUCCUUUGCCACCAGUCUGAAGCAUCUCUACCUCACUCUGGGCGUUGUUACAGGUCUUGGAUUUGCACUUUGUUACUCCCCAGCCAUUGCCAUGGUUGGCAAGUAUUUCAGCAGACGGAAAGCCCUUGCUUACGGGAUCGCCAUGUCCGGAAGUGGUAUUGGCACCUUCAUCCUGGCUCCUGUGGUUCAGCUCCUCAUUGAACAGUUCUCCUGGCGGGGAGCAUUGCUCAUUCUUGGGGGCUUCGUUUUGAAUCUCUGUGUUUGUGGUGCCUUGAUGCGGCCAAUUACUCUUAAAGAGGACCAUACAACUCCAGAGCAGAAUGACGUCUGCAGAACUCAGAAAGAAGACUUUAAGCGGGCUUCUCCCUAUUCGCCUUUGACCAAAAAAUGGGCACGGACUUGCCUCUGCUGCUCUUUGCAGCAGGAAUACAGUUUUGUACUGAUGUCAGACUUUGUCGUGUUAGCCAUCUCUGUUCUGUUCAUGGCUUACGGCUGCAGCCCUCUCUUUGUGUACCUGGUGCCUUAUGCUUUGAGUGUUGGAGUGAGUCACCAGCAAGCUGCUUUUCUUAUGUCCAUACUGGGAGUGAUUGACAUUAUUGGCAACAUCACAUUUGGAUGGCUGACAGAUAGAAGGUGUCUGAAGAGUUACCGGUAUGUUUGCUACCUCGUUGCCGUGGGACUAGAUGGGCUCUGCUACCUCUGCCUCCCAAUGCUUCGAAAUCUCCCGUUGCUUGUGCCUUUCUCUUGUACCUUUGGCUACUUUGAUGGUGCCUAUGUGACCCUGAUCCCAGUAGUGACCGCAGAGGUGGUGGGGACCACCUCUCUGUCAUCAGCGCUUGGUGUGGUGUACUUCCUUCAUGCAGUGCCAUAUUUGGUGAGCCCACCCAUCGCAGGGUGGCUGGUAGAUACAACUGGCAGCUACACUGCAGCAUUCCUUCUCUGUGGAUUUUCAAUGAUAUUUAGUUCCGUGUUGCUUGGCUUUGCUAGACUUGUAAAGAGGAUGAAAAAAACCCAGCUGCAGUUUCUUGCCAAAGAAUCUGACCCCAAGGUGCACUUAUGGACCAAUGGAUCAGUGGCUUAUUCUAUAACAAGAGAAUUAGACCAGAAAGAUGGGGAAUCCAUGGCUACAUCGGUGCCUGGUUACAACGCCACAUGACCAAUGGCCUCGAGCUUGCAAAUCUUCAGGGUUGAUUGAGGUGGGGCCAGCAGAGUGCUCACGUUUCUGAAGCAUUUUAUUUUUGGCAGAGUAUUGCCUUCCAAGAAAAUUAUUAUUAUUGCUUUAUUAACAUAUUUAUAAGGGAAAAUAGCAAAUAAUAAAGAAAGGUGGACUAGCCCAGAAUUUCCUCAUUUGGGAUUUGUGCUCAUAAUUGAACUCACAUCUUUUGGGCAAUGAGCAUCUCUCUGUGGGGAACACCACUGAUGUCAUUAGCUGUAAUGAGGGGUAAUUUCAAGGCUUAACUUGAUGACACUGGGGAGCAGCUUUGUCCCAAAGUCUCUGCCCCUCUAUUUUCCUCCAUUUUUGCCCCUCAGAUAGAAGGUGAAUGGAAACAUUGACACGUAGGUUUGCUUACCUUGUGCUGUUUGGAGAAGCAGGGUCAGGUUGGGUAUGGUGGUGCAGAGUGAAGAUGUCAAACCUUUUUCAUAGUGGAGUUUCUCAUUAGGGUUUUAGGUAGGGUUGUUACAGAAUACUUGAGAUUCCUCAAAAAGCUCAUUUAAUAUAGAAAGAGAUUGUCUUUAUUUUUUCCCCUUCAGUCUUCCAGCCAGCCCAGGCCCCUGCCAAUGGGUAGGUGCCACUUUAAGAAUCCAAAGAAUCAUGGAGUCCCAUGGUUGGAAUAGAUCUUAAAAGGUGAUUGGUAAGAUCUUCUUUGAAAUUGUCCACUGCAAACUGAAAGCUCUUUUCCUAAAACUGUGCUCCAGGUGCUCACCUCUGUUACUAUUACAUACAAUGCUUACUCUCAAUUUAGCAGAACAGACCUGGUUGCAAGAGCAGCCUUUCAAUCUUACCUGAAAUGCUGACAACACCCAAACUUCCCACUGCUUUUCUUCAGAAAGAAAUCUCUUAUUUAAACUGCAGACGCAUUCAUAUUAGGAACAGAAAAAUGUUGGCAGUGUUCCAAUGGGGCAAGAAUUAAAUUCUUGAGUCAGCAGGUCCCUGGUGAGCAUUUUCUUUGCAGAUCAGGCAUUUAAGUUCAUCAUUAACCAGAACAGGAUUGGGGGGGGGGGUUACCUGAAAAAUAUUAUCCUAGAGAUAUUCUAAAAGUGAUAUUUCUUUCUUCCAGUGUUAAUUCUUGUUCCAAUGCCCACUGCUCUUCAUCUCUUUAUUGAUAAUAAUUAGAAACCUAACUCCUUGGAUAAGAAUAGUUUAUUCAUUCCCAAAUACCCUACCUUUCUAUGGUUCGGGAUAAUUUCUGAGUCUUCAGAUUAAAAAGGGAGGGCAUGAAGAGAGAAGAGAAACUCUAGACUCCCCAGUUUGCCUCUAACCAUUUCAAGUUCACAGAAUUAUAAUCCUAAAUCCCAGAUCAUGUCACACGUAUAUACAUAGGUGCAAGUUAUGCAGUUAAUUUUAAUUAUUCAAGAGUUUAAAGUCCAAAUAUCACAAAAAUAUUUUGACCCUGAAAGCUAUUUUAUCCACUGUCCCCCAAGAGGCCUUACAAGUGCUGGGAGAAAAAACACCCCAGUGAGGACUAUCCUAAGUCACUGGGUGUGCUCAGCAGGGUGCUUGCCUAUGACUGGAUAAUUUCAUAAAAUCACGUAUUAAUACGCUGCUUUCCGAAAGAGAUAUUGACUUAAUUUGAUGGGAGAAAAAUGAUCAUUUUUCAUAGUUGUUUUCCAAAGAGAAAUUUGAAUGUUAUCUGUUAUCUCUCUACUUGGUUUGAGGAUUUAGUUUUGAACCCAUUUACUUUGUCAUUUGCGAUUUUAAAAAAUUGGGGAAAUAUUUGUAAAAAAUCAAAGUUAAAAUGAAGUUAUACAUGUUUGGAAUAGCACUUUACCUUAAAUAUGAUUGCUUGAAUCUUCAAGCCUAGAGAUUUUUAAAAAAAUAAAUGUCUAUAAACAUUCUUAUACAUAUUUUUUAUUGUGAUGAUCACAGUAAAAUCUUAUGUGGUUCUGCAAUAUAAUUUCUCUGAAGUAUUGUAAGUAUUUAUGAAAAUGAGCACAGUGAUCAGAGCUUUUAAAGAUUUGUAUGAAAACAUUUAGGAUAUUUGACUUUAUACAUGCAUAAAUUUGCAUUUUUCUUUCCUUAGCGGAGCAGCAUUUUUAGAAAAUCAGUAAGAAAAAUGUAGAUCUUAGAGUCUACCAUUUUGUCAUCUACACAGAAUUUUACUGUUAAUGUUCCAUGUGCCUAUACUGUUGAUUUCAAAACUGAAGAAUUUAUGGAAAUGAUAUAUUUUGUGGAGUUAAGAACACAAUUAUUGUGGGAUGAUUCUACUUAUUAAAUAUUUCUUAAUACCACUGUAAGAUCUACUUUGGAAAUGACUGAAUAGAAAAGCAGAAGAAAUUAUCUAACUUUUGUAAAUACACUGUACCAUUGAGUCCUUUGUUCAGAUUGUAAUUUCACUAAUAGAUCAGAUAUUUAUGCUAAUAUUUUCUUAUUUCAAAGGCAAAAUAAAAUGAGUUUAUAGUCAUAUG